AUGGUGGAAAUUCAAAAUUAUAAUAGUUCUGUGGUCUCUGGUGGUGCACCAAUUUUACCACUAAUUGCAAAUGGUAUAAAUUAUGGUAAUACAAUUUCUAACAAUAAAAAUAUUUCCAUUCUGACUCAUGAUCAACUACAUUAUAUUGUACCAUUCAAUAACCAGUUGAAAGUUUAUUCCUUAGACACAAGGCAAUGUGUUAAGACUAUUAAGUUCUCUAAUAAUUCAAUUUUAUCAAAUCUUUUUUCCAAUAAUAAUAACACAUUGAUUGUUGACAUUUUACUAAAUGAUAUAACCAUAGAAAAUUCUACUACUACUACCAAUAAUAAUAAUAAUAAUAAUAAUAAUAAUAAUAAUAAUAAUAAUAAUAAUAAUAAUAAUAAUAAUUUAAUUACAGUGAUUACUAAUAAGGGUCAGAUCGUGGUACUUAAAUACAAAGGUAAAUUAGACGAUGAUUUAAAGAUUAUUGACUUAAAUGCAGAUUUAAAAUUAUCCGAAAAUAAUGGAAACGUUGUUAAAUUGUUUUAUAAUACUGACUUGAACCAAUUUAAAAUUAUGGUAUCUUAUUUAAAUAAUAAAAAUUCCUCUUAUAACUAUAAAUUAUUUGAUUUAAACCUUGAUAAUAAUAAUAACCACGCGGAUAUUAAAGUGAAUUUAUAUAAAGAGUGGAGUAAUGUAUUUUUAAUCAAUUGGUCAAAUGAUAAUAAUAUAAUUUGUUUAUUACAUAAAUUAAUGGGUAAAAAAAUUCAGAAAAACUGUCUGGUAAAUUUUUUACUAUAA